AUGAUUCGUCCCAAUGUCAACUAUCACAUCAAACAAUGCGAUAUACGUCCUUCUUCAUCAGAUAACUCAAUCAUCAUCAUCAUCGUGGACACAUUAUCUGAUGACGACAUUCAAAUUUUCCCUAGCGUUCUCAUCCACAUCAGUCUCCGUAGUUUAAGUCUCCCUUACAUCCGAGACCUUAUCCAAGGUCAACUCAUCAGAUGUCAUUGGUUAGGUCCAUAUAUCUUAGAGGCUUCAACCCAACUAGGGUUUAGUAGCACAGAGAUUCUUCGAGAUCCACUUGUUAGCCAUCGUUGCUUAUCUGAUUACCUAGCCCCACAUAUCUCUGAUCUUGCAACUAAGUUAGGUUUUGGCCGUAACUGUUUUUCCAUCGUUGUCAAGAUCAUUACUCAAUCACCAUUGAAGUACGUGGUGUUUUUGAGGAUCGUUCAACUUGGAAAGAUGGACAGAGAGGACAUGAUGAGGAGUCGUAAGAUGGAAACAGAGUCGUGUUCCAUAUGUCUAGACAAUCCCAGUUCGGGUUCGAAGCAUGGUGUUCCUACACACAUGAGUUGCUCCCAUAUUUUCCACGAUGGCUGUCUCUUGGAGUGGUUUCAACGCAAAAACAGUUGCCCGUGUGUCAGACUGUGCUUUAUGAUCCAUCGAUGGUUUUGA